UUUCUUUUCUUUUCUUUUCUUUUCUUUUUUCUCCGCUUUAUUUUGCGAUUAAUAACCAUACUCUACACACAUUUAUUUGGAUACUCGACAUGGACUUUUCUCCCAGCGAGAGCGCGCUCAUUGAUCGGCUGCGCUGCGGCCCGGCUAACUUUGAGUUCACCAACUGGGCCAAGACAUUCCGCAGCCGGCCGCGCUUCUUCCUCUCGCCAGAAACAGAAACAGAGAUAAUCCAGCUGAUCCACCUGGCCAACCGCCACCAGCUGACAAUCAAGCCCAUUGGCUCCGGCCACUCGCCAUCGGACCUUGCAUGCACCAACUCGAUGAUGCUGGACAUGUCCAAGAUGAAGCGGAUUCUCUCGCAUGACCCCUACGCCUGCACAAUAACCGUCGAGUCUGGAAUCCGGCUGCACGAGCUCCACCAGGUGCUGAAGCAGCGGCAAAUGGCGCUGAGCUCUGUGGGCGCGAUCUCCGACCAAAGCAUUGCCGGCGCCAUAGCCACAGCGACGCAUGGUACUGGAAUGCAGUUUGGCGACUUGAGCUCGAUGAUCACCCACCUGGUCAUUAUCGACGGAUUGGGCGUGCGUCAUCAGUGCAGCAAGGCUGUCGAGGGCGACUUGUUUGAUGCCGCGAGGUGCAGUCUGGGCGCCCUCGGGGUGAUCACGCAGGUGACGUUGCAGUGCGAGCCGAUGUUCACGCUGCACGCCGUGCAGGUGCCGGAUACGCUGGAUCGCGUGCUGGAUGAUCUUCCGGCGGUGCUGCAGUCGGCGGAGCACGUGCGGUUCUGGUGGUUCCCGCAUACCGACCACACAGUGGUGUGGCGCGCCAACCGGUCAUCGAUGGCGCAGCGGCCGGAUCCGGGAUCGUUCUGGCGCGACCAGGUCUAUGGGUUCCAUUACUACCAGCUGCAGCUGUUCAAGGCGAGGUGCAGCCCAGGGGACAUCCCGAGACUGACCGAGGAGCAUUUCCGCAACCGCUUUGAUCGGCGCACCGAGUGGGUCGAUGACGGCUUCAAAGUGUUCAAUAUGGACUGCCUUUUCCCACAGUACGUCAACGAGUGGGCGGUCCCGUGGGAGAACACCGCUGAGGCGCUGCGCCAGAUCCGCCACUGGGUGAAUGCGCAGGCGCAGGACCCGCAUGGAGUGCGUGUGCAUUUCCCAGUGGAAGUGCGGUUUGUCAAGGAGUCCUCCGUGUGGCUGAGCCCCACGUAUAACCGGACUGUCUGCUAUAUCGGCGUCAUCAUGUACCGGCCCUACCACAAGAGCGUGCCUUAUAAGCGCUAUUGGAAGGCAUACGAGGAUAUCAUGCGCACAUUGGGCGGGAGACCGCAUUGGGCCAAAGCCCAUAAGAUGUUUUAUUUCGAUUUGCUCGAGUCGUAUCCAAGAUUCAAGGACUUUGUUAAUAUGCGCGAGAGGUGCGAUCCCAGGGGCAUUUUUGUCAACGAGUAUAUAAGGAGACACAUUUUGCCGCCGCCUGAUCAGAUCAGGCAGCCUGGUUGUUGUGAGGAGAAUGAGGAGAAUGAGGAGAGUCGGAUGACGAUGGAGACGCCCAAACUUUGACUUGUUUUUUAUUUUGUUUUAUUUUUUGGGUGAUCUUGCAUUUGAUCCUUUUGGAAUGUUGCCUAAGAUUGUUUUUUCUUUCUGUUUCUGU